GAGUAUUUCCAAUAAUGGACUUAUGUGCAUGUGGGCGCAUUUGAUGCAUACGUCAUAUAAACCGCUGUGACAAAUGUGUAGUUCUGGCUGAAUGUUUUCUGCACAGGUGGGUGACGUCAGUGAUGGAAAAAAAUACACGGAAGGUGAAAGGCAUCGUCCCUGAAAGACGGGAUUGGAAGGAACCUCCGAUGACGUGCUCUACUUUUCCCCUUCAGAUAAAAUGCAACUCGUAAAAAGACAUAAUUUUACGGAUUUGCUCGGCUAAGGUGUUCUGUUUUGGAAACGUCCUUGAAAGCUCUAACACUGAUCUGGUUAUCCCUUGAAGCAUCUUUCGUCCUCUCUGCAUUCGCGUUACCGCCUCUGCACCGACGAAUCGCAGCCAACCUACCUGCGCAUCCUUGAAUUAGUUGCCAAAAUGGCAUCGGGAUCGUCGAGAGCACCAGGCUUGUGAGCAUUAUCGCGACGUGCCGUGAUGUGAUGAAAUGGACGGCGUAUAUGUACACAGUAGUGCACGGGUUGGGAGUGUCUGGAUGCUAGUUUUUGAAAAUAAUGUCAGAAUGCCGCAGGCACUGCUGUUGUGAAACCGGAUCCGGUCAAGCGACGAAUGGGGUGACUUCUCUAGCAAGAAGGUCCCAGACGCGGGCCAUCGGAUUCAGCGCCUCUCGGGCGGACCCCAGGCUCUAACGGGGUCGUCUGGGGGGCACUCUGAGAGAAAAUGCAGGAGGUGACGGUGGAGGGGGAUGAGCCCAUUUUAGACGGGACUAACAGAGAGGUGCAGCGUCCAGUAAAGCAGCCCUUGAUCGCGUCUCUGUGUCGUGAGUCCCACUGGAAGUGCCUCUUGCUGACCUUGCUCAUGUAUGGCUGCUUCGGAACUCUGGGCUGGUGUGCCUUCUGCACCGUCCCUGUCCUCUCUUCCUCCUCCUCCUCCUCCUCAUCUUCCUCUUUUUCCUUUGCCGCUGCCUCUUUUGACACCUCCUCCAGCAAUCCUACAGCAGCGGCCUACACCUACGGUGACCUACCAUCACUCGGAGGGGCCAGCCCUUGCUCCAGUGGCUAUGUUUACAUCCCGCUGGCCUUCCUGGCCAUGCUGUACGUGGUGUACCUGGUGGAGUGCUGGCACUGCUACUCCAAGACGGCCACCCUGGCGCAGGUGGAGGCGGCGGAGGUGUACGAGCGCGUGCAGAGGCUCCAGCAGGCCACGCCCUGCAUCUGGUGGAAGGCCAUCAGCUACCACUAUGUGCGUCGCACGCGGCAGGUGACGCGCUAUCGGAACGGCGACGCCUACACCAGCACGCAGGUGUACCACGAGCGCGUCAACACGCACGCCGCGGCGUCAGAGUUCGACUACGGCCGCUACGGCGUCACCGACGUGUCGCGGGACCUGCGGGGUCUGAUGGAGCACCCGGCCGUGCGUCUGCGCUUCACCAAGUGCUUCAGCUUCGGAAGCGCGCGGGCCGAGGCCGCCUACCUCACGCAGCGCGCCCGCUUCUUCGGCGACAACGAGGGGCUGGACGACUACAUGGAGGCGCGGGAGGGCAUGCACCUGAAGAAUGUGGAUUUCCGUGAGCAUAUGCUGGCCUUCCUGGACCCGGCGCGACAGCCAUGGUUUGCGCGGCACGGCGUGUUCUGGCUGGCCUCGGUCGUGCUGCUGUCGUGGCCCCUGCGCGUCGUGGCGGAGUACCGCACUGCCUAUGUGCACUAUCACGUCGAGAAGCUGUUUGGCGACCGUGACGAUGUCAGAUCAGGUGGGGGCGAAGGGGGAGGCGACAGUGGGAGAACCAGUAGCGCUGGAGUGCUAGGCGGAGGGAGCUACAGAGCUAUCUCUCGUGUAAACACUGUGGACAUGACUGAGCUGGAGUGGCAUAUCCGCUGCAAUCAACAGAUGGUGCCGAGUUACUCUGAGGCCUUGCUGAUGGACCCUGAUACCAACGGCACCAACCCAGCUCUGCCCCAAGGCGGAGCCCCGGCAGGAGGAAACGGAGGUCCCGCCGCACCGGUGGCGUUCGCCUCAGCUUACCUGCUGCAGAGUUGCCCCCGCUGCAGGCGCUCCACCAGCAGCGCAUCCCUGCCCUCCAGGCUGCGGGGCCCCACGGCCGCCCUGCUCACAGGCACCAUGGCUGGGAUGAGAGCCAGCACGGCAGGGCCUACAGGAGCCGGGCCGGGGAGGCUGGUGCUGAGCCGCAGCGGCUUCUCCCUGGGCCGCCUGCAGGCCUCACGACCAGCCUCCCUGUUCCACUCACGUAGUGUGGGCGGGGGGCUGGGGGGACGAGGAGAGGACGGAGGAGGAGGAGGAGGUGGCUUCCUCGGUUUGGGAUCUAGGCAGGAUGAGGAGAGUAGGGGAGUGCUUGAGGGCGAGGGGGAUGAGGAGGAGGAGGAGGAGGGGGAAGUGCAUGACGUUAGGGAAGAGAAUGAAGAGCGACAGGAGGAAGAACAGGAAGAGGAAGAUAGAGAAGAUGGGAGGGACGGAGAGAGGGAGAGACCACCAGCCUAUCAGGAUGCAUUCUUCUUCCCUGUGCUGAUUGUCCAUGGAGAGGAGAGCUGCCAUGCAGGGGAAGAGAUUUCAUAAAGCAGCUGAGACAGAGGGGAAUCAGACUGAAUGAAUGAAAAACAGAAGAGAACCUUGUAUUUGAAAAGAAAAAGAAAAAAACUUUAAGCUACACAUAAGGAAGGGCAGAUAAAUAUUUUGAUGUGAGAAUAAUGUUUAAGGUUAGCGAUGCAGAGCAUAACAUGAGUUAACAGGACCAAAUGGGGCAUUUAAAGCAUGGGUGUCCAAUGAUAUUGAAAGGUAGGAAGAAACUUACAUUAAGGCAGAUUUAUGGAUAACUAUGCAAUGACAAGGGGAUGUAAGAACAAUAUUGAGGAGACACAGUCAGAACGAAUACAAGGUCUGUCCCUGCAAUUCCUUUAAUGCUUCACUCAAACAAAACAGGACUAAGAGCAGCGUGGAAAUAUCCUGUCUUCCAGAACAAAUAGGAAAUAAUCACCAUGAACACAAGAAAUUCAACAUGUUUAUCUCCACAAGCAACCAUUUUGAGUAAUGAGUGUCUAAUAGCCUCUGUCUUUUAUGGAUAUGAUCAGAGGUAUAAUUAAUCUUAAGCCCAUUGAUCUGUAUAAAUCAGGACUUCUCAUUCUUUUAUUUCACAAUGAUCUCAGCCUUUGUAUUUCCGCCUUUUCCUGAUCCAUUUGACCUACUGUUCUGAGUUCAGUGAUAGCAGGUAACUUUGGAAAAUGCCUCAGCAAAGAAAGUGUACCAUUGACACUUCAUUAGUUUUUCCAAGCGGAUGAAACCAGUUGGAAUUCUUUGUUCACCCCUGCCUGUAACUUCAAGUCAUAACAUGGGAGUUCAACCUGGGACUGUUUUCAGCUUCUGCUCAUCCAGUCCGUCUGGAAGCCCGAUCACCCCUCUGCCUUGGUUGUCUUUUCGACUGAUCACUGGUUUUCUUUUAAGCCUUGCAAGCCUUUCAAAGGCUGUGGAAAUAAACAAUAUAUAUAUAUAUAUAUAUUAGACCCAUUAUGCUAAAGAUUAAGGUAACUCUGAUGUUGGCUGUUGGAUCAGAAUGUACGUAUAUCCAAAGACUAGAGGAGUUCUUCCUAGCCAAUGUUUCACUCCCCUCAUAAAGUGUCAUACUCUUUAUUUUUGAACACUGGACUCACUUUUUUUGCACUACGUUAAGUUUUAUAUGAUUUUGUGCUCAAGCUUCAAACCAACUUUGCCUCACAUAUGGUGUUCUUUGUCGUAAUGACUCUCAGCAUCACUUUGAUUCAUGAAAAGAUACUUAUGCAGCAUGUUGCCUUCCAUCCACAUACAAUGUGUAAUGCUGUCUUUGAUUGAUGCUGAAGCAUCAUAUUAUAUUUGUACAGCAAUUGGUAUUGGGAUAUAGCCUUGUGUGCCAUUAUACAACUUGUGACUUCCUGAUAAUGCUGUACACGCCCAAUGACACGCAUCCACCUGCUCACUCAAACCAACUCUGGGGAAAUAUCUCCUUGUAUAAUUAGUAUACAUACUGUACUGUACUUCCUCCAGUUGAGCCAGACAGUAUGCAAACAAGCAAAUAACCCACAACUAUAUUUUGCCUCCAAUAUUGCUAGCUUUUCUGUCGAAGUGCAGAUACACUUUGUACACCACAGGACACGCCAAAGCUGAACCAGUCAUGUACACUAGUAUGAAUGAACAUCACAGUCACACACACAGUUAGCUUCUAAUCUACACUAUACCGCUGCACCAUUUAAAGGAAAAAGAAAGAAAAUGAAGAUUAAGGAAAAUAUUCAAUCUUACUGUAAUUUUGUCCGAAUGUUGUAUUGCAACCUGAAUGUUGACUACUAUGAUGUACUAAGAGCACAUUGGGAAUGAGCAGUGUGUCACAGAUACGUGAUUCUCAUGUAGUUGUGUGUUCCACUGUAUGUGAUAGGUGAAUCAUUUGACUUAAUGUGAGAGUGUUUUUGUAAGGGUUUUUAGCCCGUAGUGUUUUCAGAGGGGAUAUAAUUCAAUAGCCAUGGCUAGUUUUUUUAAACAUACAUUUUAUUACUACUAUCAGUCCAUUCAGUUAGUAUGGCAACGAAUCGAGGCACAUUUACUGUGUGUAGGAGGAAAACAUCUCCAAGCAUUAGUAGAUAUUCACAAGUUGACACAAACUGUUUGAUUCAUUGUUGUCGGUAGCUUCAGUAGUUGCAUUUGAUUUGGUAUGAGCCCUCACUACCUCUCCAUAGUUCUAAAGCUACUGUAACAGUGAUCUUGCUUCAGUCCAUGACAAAUAACAGGCGGUUGUAAUGUUGAUUAUCGAGGCAAAGUUUAUUCCCAACUUCGCCUUUGUGUGGCAGCAGCAGCAGCUGCAUCUGCCCUCCAGACUGAAGAUGGUUGAAAUAAAGCUGAUGAUGUAAGUGAAGAUACCAAUAAAGUCAAAGUGCUUGGUUAAACCACAUCUUA